AUGGCCGAGUCGGUGGGCUUUCACGCGUCGGGCUUUCCCAUCUACUCUGAUAUGGCGCGACACCUAGACAAGGACUUGGCCCGCCAGCUCUCAAUCGAUGAGGACGAUCCGGAUGUUGGUUCUACCCCCAUGCCCCCGGCACCAGCGCUGCCCGAUGAAUACAAGGGCAUCGAGGGCUUGGAAAUGCCGUCCAGCAUGUCGUACUCCAAAGAGGGCGUCUACGAUUAUUUACCUGCGCAGGGCGGUCGUGCCGGAGGCACGACUGAAACCGCAGAUAGUGAUGAAGACGGGGCCAAUGCGCUCGCCAUGCCUUCGUCGAUGAAGUAUAGCGAGGAGGGUAUUUACGACCAAGUGCCCAUGCGCGGCGAGCAAGGAUAUGCCGAACAGGGCUCGCAGUACACGCCUGCAGCUGCACAAGCAGCAUUCACGGACGUCGUCGUGCAUGACUCGGACAUGCGCAAGGCUUUCAUUCAAGGACGUACGCUGGAUGACCCGGACCGUGGUCAAAAGUGCUCACGUUGUGCGACCUGUCCUGGAUUCGAUCCUCACUACUGGCGCAAAGUUUGCAAGUGGUGCCGCUGUGCGCGCGCCGAGCACUUGCACAUUGAUAACACUCGGGCCGUUGACCUCACCAAGAUGGUGGCGACGGGCUCGGCCCAUGGCAGCGAUAAGCUCAAGCAAAAAUACGCAUGGGUGCCCAUGGGUCUUGAGAUCAGCCUCAUCGAGGCCUACUUUCGGGCCCUGCCCACAGAAUGCGUCCCAGCCUUGGGCACACCGGGGGAGAUUUGGCGUCGACGACAGUUGUUGGUGCAAAACCCGGCUUACGACACCGAUUGGCACCAGUGCGACCAGCUCACCGACAAGGAGAUGACACAGUUUCGCAAGUUUGAUAAAAUCCGUCUCAAGGAGGCCUUUGAUGUGGGCGACGUGAUGCCCUGCCCUGAUCUCACGCGACCGCCAGACUGCAGUGAAUGUUUUCUGAAGGAGGACGGCACGCACUGGCCAUAUUGCUCCAAAUAUCUGCCCGCUGACGCGCUGGGCGAGAGCUCCUCGACGGACCCAGAUGUGGGCCACCGUGACUCGGUGGGAAGUGCUGUUGCGGCCCUGGGCCUGCCCGAGAUGGCCGAUAUCAAAAACAUGCGCAAAAAGCGCAAGGAGAAGGUCAAGCAGGUUGCAACACCCCCGCCCAUGGAACUGCUCAAGCGCAAGGCCAUAGCUUCCGGCUUGUCGUGCCGCCAGUGUCUGGUGGGCCUGAACGUUGGAGAGCCCGUGGUCAAGAUCGACCGAUUCGAGGAUGACGAGCGCUCCUACUUCCAUCCAGCCUGUCUCCUGUGCUCACAGUGCGGCGAGCUGGCCGUUGAUUUGCGUUGUUUUGUUGAUUUCGGAUGGGAGGAGCGCGGAAAGCAAGGCGCUGAGAAGCGGCUCUUUUGCGGACGUUGCUGGUCGGAUAAUCGCCGCCCACGGUGCGCGGCGUGCGAUGAGACGAUUCAUCAGGGUCAGCAUGUGAACGAGCUGGGUCGGGCUUGGCACUUUCGCCACUUCAGCUGCUACAUCUGCGAUGCCAAUUUAGUGGUGCAGGAAACCUACGUGCCUCGCGAACAAAAACCGCUGUGCAUCACCUGCUACGAGCAGCAUAUUGCCGAUAAAUGCUCGCACUGCAAGCGGGCCAUCAACCCAUCACGGGACUCUGGCGGCCGAAUUUCGGUGGGCGACAAGCACUGGCACCCAGCCUGCUUCCAGUGCACGCGGUGCGGCUGCCAAUUGCAGGGCAAGCCGUGUGCUCCAAAGGGUGACAGCAUUUUUUGCAAAAAGUGCUACAAAAAGAUUCUGCGCAAGUAG